AUGACUACCACACAAGAUGCCAUCACGCCCAUUGCAGAUGUCGAGCUCGCCAACCUUCCCAUCAUCAAGCCCGAUGAUCCCUAUCUCGUCACUUUCGAUGCGCACUUCGACAUCGACAAUCCUCUCGACUGGCCCCGCGGCCGCAAAUGGUCCGUCACUGAUGUCCUCUCCGCCACGUCCUUCAACCGCAUCAUGGUCAGUACCAUCAUGGCGCCCGCUUUAACCACAAUCGCGCGAGAACUCUCCAUGAGCCCCACCGAGUCCGUCAUGGCGCUGUCCAUCUACCUCUUAGCCACCGCCUUCGGGCCCUUGGUGAUUGGCCCGUUGAGCGAAGUCUACGGCCGCUCGAAAGUACUGCAUGCAAGCAACGUGUGGUUCCUCGUGUGGAAUGUGGUGUGUGGAUUCGCAAAGACCAAAGAGGUGUUGAUUGCAGCGAGGUUUUUAGCGGGAUUUGGCGCGGGUGGAGUUUAUGCGCUCGCGGGCGGGGUGUUGGGGGAUGUGUGGAGGAAGGAGCAGAGAGGGAGGAGUUUGGGGAUGUAUCUGCUGAUUCCACUGCUCGGGGCUGCUGUUGGUCCGAUUAUUGGCGGAUUCAUGGCGUUCCGGACGACGUGGAGAUGGAUGUUUUGGUCCACAUCCAUUUUCCAGGCCGUAAUGAUUUUGGUGUCGUUCUCCGCAUUUCACGAGACUUUUGCGCCGACUAUACUCGCUCGCCGCGCUGCGAAGUUGCGCAAGGAUACUGGAGAUGCUCGUUACUACACCGAGCACGAACGCGCGAUGGCUAGCAGAUCGGUUGCUUCCGUCCUAUCUCAGGCUCUCACACGUCCUCUACGACUACUCUUAUUCCACCCGAUCAUCCAAAUUAACGCCCUCAUGUCGGCGUUCGAUUAUGGCAUCUUAUACAUUGUGCUUGCAAGCUUUGCUGACUUGUGGGUCAAGCAAUACAAGUUGUCCGUCGAGCUCAGUGGCUUGCACUACCUGGCGGUUGCCUUUGGCGAAAUUGCUGGCUCUCAACUCGGCGCUCCAAUUCUGGACAGGUACUAUCGCCGCAUCAAGGCUCGACACCCCGAAGCCGACCCAGAGCCGGAGCACCGUAUUCCGCUUACCAUUCCCGGUCUCUUCAUCGCCCCAAUCGGCUUGUUGUUAUACGGUUGGUCGGCUCAAUUCCACGUGCAUUGGGUUGUAGUCGACAUCGGAAUAGUCAUUGCAUGCUUUGGCGCUCAGAUCAGAGGCAUUCCAACGUCAGCGUACAUCAUGGACGCAUACCCGGAACAUACGAGCAGUGCCCUAGCAGCCCAGCAAGUCUUGCGGAGCCUGGCAGCAUUUUUGUUCCCACUCUUCACUCCAAUCAUGUAUGAGAAAAUGGGGUACGGAUGGGGCAAUAGCGCCAUGGGACUGGCCGAGCUGGCAUUGUGUCUGCCUCUAUCUGCGUCGCUCUGGUAUUUUGGAGCCGGUCUGCGACGUCGGGCGCAGUCGACGGAGUAG